AUAUGUCCCGUCUUUUGCAAAGCUGAAUACCAGGUCUGGACCUCUUACGAUUAUUAGUCAUAGUGGAAGUCGCGCUUUCCUGCUGAAGUGCUCGCUCCAUCGCGUAUUGUUCCCUGCGCCUAUGACACAAACGAUGACCUGAACAUCAACAAUGACAGACGGCAGCUCAUCGACCGUCGCAGGCCAUGACGGAGCCCCCGCAGAAACGGCGCAAGACAUCGCCACCUCCCGCUCCAGCGCAGCAAACAGAUGACGAAGAGGUGCAGUCGACGGAUUUCAAGCUCGCCGUCCUGGCCUCGCUCCACCCCGAUCGGAGUCAGGAUGUCUUGUUAGACUAUCUACUCGCCUACGAUGGAGUUGUGGGAGAUGUGACCAAUGCUCUCUCGUCCACAUCAACUCAAGCCAACACCGGCCAGAAGCGAGCGAUUGGAUAUCAGUCUUCGCUCUCUGCGUUCGCCAUCGGGAACAAGGCUGCUAGCGAUGUGGCGACUGCUCCCAAGAGCUUGACGAAGAAAGGGCGAACAUUGCACCUGUAUUCUCCCGACGACGUAGAAGCUCACACCCCCUGCUCGAUCAUCCACAACUUCCUUUCGCCGGAAGACGCCGAUGUCCUGCUGCAAGAGCUGCUGGCAGAAGCGGGCACGUUUCGAAGAGACGAAUUCCAGAUGUUCGAUCGGACGGUGCAGUCGCCGCAUACCAGCAAGUUCUACGUGGACACGUGGGAAGAGCAGCAAGACCAAAAGACCGAGUACAUGUAUAAUGGAGGGGCUGUGCAAGACGUCGGUAAGACGCCUCCAGAAUUGCUGCGGGUGUCGCACAUCGUACGCAAGACCGUGAAUGCAGAGAUUCAACGGAGGAUGGAAAGGCAUGUGGACAGCAAGAAGCUCAAAUUCCAAUCGCCAGACGAGUGGAAGCCGAACGUGACGUUUGUCAAUUGCUACGCCGGCGGCAACGAAAGCGUCGGCUGGCACUCCGACCACCUCACCUAUCUCGGCCCACGAGCAGUGAUCGGAAGUCUCUCGCUCGGCGUAGCACGGGAGUUCCGCGUGCGCAAAAUCGUGCCGCAAGUCGACGACUCGUCUGCCGACGAACAGGGCCAAAUCGCCAUCCACUUACCACAUAACUCCCUCCUCGUCAUGCACGCGGAAAUGCAGGAGGAGUGGAAACACAGCAUCGCGCCGGCAAAGUCCAUCGAUCCACAUCCUGUCGCUGGAAAUCGACGACUCAACGUCACGUACCGCUGCUAUCGCGAUUACUUGCAUCCGCACCGCACGCCGCGGUGUAAGUGCGGCGUGCCGGCGGUAUUGCGAUGCGUGCAGAAGCGAGCGGUGACGAGGGGCCGGUAUAUGUGGAUGUGCCAUGCUGGCUUCUCCGUCGGACAGAAGUCUUGCGCCUACUAUGCUUGGGCGGACUUUGAUGAGGAUGGACGACCGCCUUGGGCGGAGGGGUACAAGGGGAAUGCGAAUCUGCCUGCAGUUGAGACGGCGCCGUAGUGAAUUGAUGGGAUAUAUUCAAUUUCAUUCCCUUGGCUUCCACGUUCGGGGACAGAUGGCAGAGAACAGGUGAUCCCGUCCGAUCUCACGUACUCAAGCUGCCAAUCGGAUGAAUAGUACUCAGGUGGGAGACCACUGGGGAAGUCCAUCUACUGAACGUACAUUUUUUCGGAUUUUCCCCGGCACUUCUUUUUGCUUUUCCCUGGCCUUCCUUUUUGCUCUAUCAUGGCUAUUUGUAUGUACCUUGACGUACACGUAGCGUACAGCGAGUGUACCCUCGUUUGAAAGGAUGAAACCCGAGUUUCCCCAGCCUUGCCACGGUGAAGCGGACCAGCGGCGACAUAGCCGAGCUUCUGCAUCGCACCUCAAGCAGAU